AUGUCAUUAUCAUCGUCAUCUUCACAAGAAGCCAGGAUCUUUUUAUCAAAGAUUUUUUCAAAUGAGAAUGAUGAUCAUAAUCGAAAACGAGCAUUUGUGACAUUGACAUAUGCGCAAAGUCUGGAUGCUAAAAUUGCAGGUCGUGGUGGCAAGAAAUUGGUGAUAAGUGGUCAUGAAUCGAUGAUUAUGACGCAUCGGAUGCGAACUUUCCAUGAUGGUAUUUUGGUAGGGAUAGGCACCGUGUUUAGUGAUGAUCCUAGAUUAACAGCAAGAUUACUCGACCCGGACGAAGAAAAAACGACAAUACAACCGCAACCAAUAAUUUUAGAUUCGUCUUUGCGGUUCCCACUUUCAGCUCAAUUAUUAAAGCAAAUAAAAAAAGAAGAUGGUAGUAACAAAGAUGUUAGGGUAAAACCUCCUUGGAUAUUUACUAGUGAUAAACAUGAUCCGUCGAAAAGAGAGUUAUUAGAACGAGCAGGUGCCAAAGUAUUCGUUAUUAAUACAGAUCCAAAAGAUGGACAUCUAUCCCUAACUCACCUAUUAACAACUCUUAGCUCUGCGCCACUCUCACUGACACGUAUCAUGGUGGAAGGUGGCUCAAAAAUCAUCAAUUCGUUUUUAUCAAGUGGGCUUGUAGAUCAACUUGUUGUUACUAUUGCGCCCAUUUUUGUUGGUGGUGAUGGAUUAUCGGUUUUUGAUGUUGGAAAAUUGAUUAACCAUAAAGAUGAUGAAAAUGCGGAUAACAAUAAAAGUGGUGAUGAAAAUCAGGAAGAAAUACUUGGAUUUCCUCUAUGUGAUAAUGUAACGUAUAAACAGUUUGGUAAAGAUAUUGUGAUGUCCGCACAAUUAAUUUAUGAUCAAUAA